CAAAAGAAAAAGGAAAGGAAAGGAAAAUGGAGAAAAGAGGAGUCUCACUGAUCUUGAUGGUCUGUUUGGUGAUGAGCACUCUAGUAGAGCAAUCCAGAGCUCAAGGUGGAAUUGUGAUCCCCAUUGGCGUUGCAGCAAUCUGCUUUGGGGCCUGCUUUGCUCCAUGCGUUCUUCAAACUGGAACAACAGCUGGCUCUUGCGCUAUCGAUUGCAUUAAGAACUGUCUCUUCAAAUCUACUGCGGGCGGUGUCAAAGACACCCAAUACUUCUGCAACCUUGGUUGUUCUACCACCUUGUGCUCAAGUUUCAGCACCAAAGAAAAUCCUGCUGCAAAGAAAGUUGGAAGCUGUAUGGAAUCUUGCUCAGCAACAUGCGCCAAGAAGAACUGAUCAAUUCCCAUAUAAGAGAUCGUUCAUGAGUGAAUAAAGAACAUGGCCUGUUCAGUGAUUUGGGAUUUAAUCCCAAUUAAUGUAUUUAAAAUAAUGACUGUAUGUAUGUCAAAAUCCUUAAGUGCUGCUACUCAUUCUCUCAAUGUGGGAAUGAAUUAAUGACGCUUCUUAAAUAUUUUGGUUAAUA